AAAAAAAAAAUCAGAACGAAAGAAAGCUUCAAAAAAGUCCCAAAACCCAGACCCCAAUCUUCACACAAUGGAGCCUAAAGAGCUCAGAAUGCAUUAAACCCAAGAGCUUUUCGGUGCUUCGUGAAAUCUGCAUCUAGGGUUUUGCUGUUUUUCUUCGUCAAAAUCUCUUCUUUUCAUUCGAGCUUGGAACAAAGUCAAGUCCACUCCACUCGGGUGAGUCUCUCAUUUCAAUGAUUCUGAUCUUAAUCGGAGCCUUUUCGGACACCCAAUUGGAUUAAUAACGCGAUCGAUCAGUGCCCAUCUGCUUGAAACAUCAAAUUUCUGCGUAUUUAUACGAGUAUUGAUAUUGUAUAUAGGAGCAUUUAUAUAUUGGUGUGUAGAAUUAUUCUUUUUGUGAUUCUUGUCAUGCGAUAUUCGUCGUCGACAUCGGUUACGUCGUCGCCGGAGGAAAGAAAGGGUGGUUCUAGUCCGUCGGGCCCUCGGCUUCGGAAGAAGCACAAGAGGCUUGACGCCAUAUGUGAGGAGGAGUACAAUAGAAACCAUGGGGAUUUGAAUGAUAGUGGCGGAGGGGCGGUGGUGGGGAAGGGGACGGAGAGUGCUGAUUUUGAGAUCCGAAGAAGCUCGCGGGUUCGUAAGGCUCCGGUUUUGCUUGAUGUAUCGCCUCCGCCACCGAAGAAGCGGCAUAAGAAUAAGAAGGAUGGUUGUAUCUCUAGUAACGAAAAGAAUGUGAGAAGUACGCCACGCGGGGUCAGCGCAUAUUCAGAGGAGUUGGAUACCCCUGGCAGUUGGAAGUCCAGGUUGAGAUCAAGAGGUAGAAGUGUGAGGUUUGAAGUGAAAGAGGAAUUGUAUACUCCGAGGGGGAAAAGGAAGCUUUUUGAGGAUGUAGAUGAUGAUAGAGCUCAAGAGAACUUUUCGGGUAAAGAAUUGGGCGGUGAAAAAGGUGAAUCAGAAGGUGGAAAGUAUACGGUCGUGAAGUCGAAGAGACCAGGUAGGAUUAAGGCUACAAAUAGUUCAAAUAAUGCAGAAAAAGAUAAUGAUGACGGUGUUGUUAAAGAUGAAGUUAGGAGGGAAGAAGCAGAGCUUGUUGGAAAUGAGGAAAAGGAGGUUGAAUUGGAAUCGGAUAGUGAUUUAGGUAGCGUUACUGAAAGGGAAAAAGUAGUUAGUGAUGAUGCCACGCAGCUAGUCGAGACGGAGGGGGGUUUGCAGAUGGAGGAUGGGUGCGUUUUCAGUGAUACAAAGGAAACAUUGGACAAUUCAUCGAAAAUGGAAACAUUGGACAAUUUGGAGGGCAUUAAACAUGUAGAGAAGCAGAUGGAACAGUUAGACCUCGGACAAAAUCAAACUGAUGUAGUGGAAACUGCUGGACGCUUCGCAAAUGAAACUGAUGUGGCCAUUGAACAUCUAGAGAAGCAGGCAGAGCAAUUAGACUUUGGACAAAAUCAAAGUGAUGUUGUGGAAAUUGUUGUAUCCUCUGCAAAUGAGAUGGAAGGUGCAGGUUGUUCUAAUGGGAAGGAUGUGAAGGGGACUGAGCAUGAUGAAGGGUCUCAUGCGAAAGAAAAUGAUGUUGAGACGAAAAUUACCAAAUGUGCUGCAAGUGAUACGCCUGGCAAACCGCGCAUCAAGGAGGGCAGACGUUGUGGUUUGUGUGGAGGGGGGACAGAUGGUAAGCCUCCAAAACCAUUAGCUCAAGAUAUGGGUGAGAGUGAACAUGAGGUGUAUAGUGGCUCUUCAACUUCUGAGGAACCUAAUUAUGAUGUAUGGGAUGGUUUUGGUGAUGAGCCUGGUUGGCUUGGACGCCUUUUGGGUCCUAUAAAUGAUCGUCAUGGAAUUGCUGGAAUAUGGGUUCAUCAACAUUGUGCAGUAUGGAGUCCAGAGGUUUAUUUUGCUGGGCUAGGUUGCUUGAAAAAUGUAAGGGCUGCCCUUUGUAGGGGAAGAGUGUUAAAAUGCACUCGAUGUGGAAGGCCAGGAGCCACUAUUGGAUGUCGUGUUGAUCGAUGUCCGAAAACUUACCACUUGCCUUGCGCACGAGCAAAUGGGUGCAUCUUCGAUCAUCGCAAAUUUCUCAUAGCAUGCACAGAUCAUCGGCAUCUCUUCCAACCUUAUGGCGUCCAGUAUUUUGCGAGAAUAAAGAAAAUUAAGGCAAAGAAAAUGAAGUUGGAAAUAAGAAAACAUGCAAAUGAUGCUUGCCGAAAGGAUAUUGAAGCAGAAGAGAAAUGGUUGGAGAACUGUGGCGAAGAUGAAGAGUUUUUGAAGCGUGAAAGCAAGAGACUUCAUCGAGAUUUGGCUAGGAUUGCACCUGUAUAUAUUGGAGGUGGAGAGUCUGAGUCUGGAAAAGUGUUUCAGGGUUGGGAAUCUGUUGCUGGCCUUCAAGACGUCAUCCAGUGCAUGAAGGAAGUUGUCAUAUUGCCUCUACUAUAUCCAGAGUUCUUUGAUAAUCUUGGCCUUACACCACCUAGAGGUGUUCUUCUUCAUGGGUAUCCUGGAACAGGUAAAACUCUAGUCGUUCGGGCAUUAAUAGGUGCAUGUGCCCGUGGUGAUAAACGGAUAGCUUAUUUUGCCCGAAAAGGUGCAGAUUGCUUAGGGAAAUAUGUUGGUGAUGCUGAGCGCCAGCUAAGACUAUUAUUUCAAGUUGCUGAGAAAUGUCAGCCAUCUAUUAUAUUUUUUGAUGAAAUAGAUGGAUUGGCACCUUGCCGCACAAGGCGGCAAGAUCAGACCCAUAGUUCAGUUGUGUCAACAUUGCUUGCACUCUUGGAUGGUCUAAAAUCUCGAGGUUCAGUUGUAGUCAUAGGUGCAACAAAUCGUCCUGAUGCGGUUGAUCCAGCAUUACGGAGGCCUGGAAGAUUUGAUAGGGAGAUCUAUUUUCCACUUCCGUCACUCAAGGACAGAGCUGCUAUUCUCUCUCUUCACACGCAAAAGUGGCCAAAGCCAGUUACUGGAUCCUUGCUCCAGUGGAUUGCAAGAAAAACCGCAGGCUUUGCUGGUGCAGAUCUGCAGGCACUUUGCACUCAAGCAGCCAUUACUGGUUUGAAGAGGAAUUUCCCUCUGCAGGAGAUAUUGUCCGCAGCUGAGAAGAAUUCCUGCAGUAAACGCCUUCCUCUCCCUAACUUUGCAGUGGAGGAGAGGGAUUGGUUGGAAGCUCUAUCGUGUUCUCCACCUCCCUGCUCUCGUAGGGAAGCUGGAAUGGCUGCUAAUGAUGUAGUAUCUUCUCCUCUUCCAUUGCACCUCAUUCCUUGUCUGCUGCAACCGUUGGCUGCUUUGCUCAUCUCCCUUUACCUCGACGAACGUGUCUGGUUGCCAGCUCCACUCUCUAGAGCUGCUAGUAUGAUUAAAACUGUGAUUGUUUCUAACUUGGCCAAGAAGAAAUUAAACAGUGAUUGUUGGUGGUCAUUUUUUGAUGAUUUUAUUCGACAAACAGAUGUUGCAAAGGAAAUAGAAAGGAAUCUUCUGGAUUCUGGCAUUUUGGAUGGAGAUGCUGACAUAACUACUUCUAGUGGUUUUGAUGAUGAGAUUGAUGACAACAAUGCUAUCUCGGGCUCAUAUGUGAAACAUAAUGGUAAAACCAACACAAAUUUGACACGGUACACAUCAUGCCCGUCGAGAAAUAAAUCAGGAUUCCGAAUGUUGAUUGCUGGAAGUGCUGGAUCUGGUCAGAGGCAUCUUGCUUCUUGUCUUGUUCGCUGCUUUGUUGGGAAUGUUGAAAUUCAAAAGGUUGAUUUGGCUACAAUUUCACAGGAAGGGCAUGGAGAUGUGGUGCAGGGGAUAACACAAAUAUUAAUGAAAUGUGUCGGUGUGACUUCAUGCAUGGUGUUCAUGCCAAGAAUAGACUUGUGGGCUGUAGAAACUCCUCAGCAAGCGGUAGAAGAGAGUGAUUCCUUUUCAACCAACCUCCAUCACAGUGAGAAGGAUAAUGUCUGUAUUGGUCAUGAUCAUGUUUUAGAAAAAGAAAACAUUUCCAGUCCACAGACAUGCAAAACAGCAGAAUUAGCUGGAGACCAAGGUGUUGCACAGAAGGCCUCGAGUUCCUGGAGCUUAUUUGUUGAGCACGUGGAAUCUCUUCAUGUUUCUACAUCUCUGAUGAUUCUGGCUACAUCGGAAGUUCCGUAUUUAAUGCUUCCCGCUGAAAUCAGACAGUUCUUCAAGAAAGAGAUAUCAAAUUGCGCUCAGUCAACUCAUAUGGAGCAAACAGUUCCUAGAUUUGCUGUGCAAAUUGAUGGGAAUUUUGACCGUGAUUCCGUAAUUAAUCUAUCUGCAGCCAAGUUAUCAAGGGAUGUGGUUCGACAGCUAAUUCAAUUUAUUCACCAAAGUUCUCACAUCCAUAAGACGUCAUCGGAGAAUAGAACGUUUGAUAUGAUUGAAGAGCAGGCAGGAAUGCUAAAUCUCAAUACUGCUCAUGUAUCAGAUGAUGCACCAACACGAUGUAAUGACGAAUCUGUUGUUAAAGCUCCUCUUCCACCUAACAAUAGAACUGUCAAGGGAAGAUCGAAUUUGCAUCUAGCAAUAGCGUCAUUUGGCUUCCAAAUUCUUCGAUAUCCUCAUUUUGCCGAGCUCUGUUGGGUCACAUCAAAACUCAAAGACGGUCCCUCUGCGGACGUAAGUGGACCUUGGAAAGGCUGGCCUUUCAAUUCUUGUAUUGUUCGCCCCAGUAACUCAGAAGAAAAGAUAACGGUUGGCUCCAGCUCUGGCAACGUUAAAAGCAAAGAAAAACCUGGUUUAGUUAGGGGCUUAAUUGCUGUCGGUUUAUUGGCAUACAGAGGUGUGUACACAUCACUCAGAGAAGUCUCCUUUGAGGUUCGGAAGGUUUUCGAGCUUCUAGUCGGACAGAUCAAUGAAAAAGUUCAAGCUGGGAAAGAUAGAUAUCAAUACGUUCGCCUUUUGUCACAAGUGGCAUAUCUAGAAGAUAAGGUUAACAGCUGGGCAUACACACUGCAAAAUUUAGAGCUGGAUGCUCCAGUGAUUGCGGCAAACUCUCAGCUCAACAGCGCCAUAGCUCCAGUUAACCAAGUUCAAAGUGAGGAAUGUGAGCCACAUGAAGAAAAUCCACAAGGAUUUGCUUCCAAAAAAGUUGACUCUGUAGACUUGAACAAGGAAGGUGGUGAUUUCAGUUGUCCUAGUGCCGAGGGUAGAGUUGCAACUACAGAUGCGUCUCUGCAGAAUGCUGUCAUGUUGAAUUCUAUGCCAGACAAAACCGUUCACAAUCCAGAGGAUUCUCACCAGUUGUUGGGUAAAAUUUUGAAUGGGCAGAAUGGGACGCACCCCGAACCACCCGAGUCUGAAAAUGGCAGAAACAAUAUGUUGCUGGACAGAGAUUCUCGACUCUUGGAACUUCCAAAUGGACUUGCAUGCACUGAUUCUGCUGUCAUAUCUGAGGAUGGUCUUGGUUCCGGAGAAUCAGGUGAUGUGAAGUGCUCUAUCAACAGCGGCGUCUCCAGCCACGUUCCUGAUACCCCUAGAGAGACUGCUAAUGUGCCUAGGCCUGAUACUGACGGGAAUGUUCAAAAUGUCAACUUCCCUUCAGUCAAAGCUACCAAGUCUGAGGAUGUAUGUUUAUACCGUUGUUGCCCCGAAUGUGUAAACAUUCUCCUCAGUUUGACAAAGAAAAUUCUUAUUCAUGAAUGGGAAUCGGACAAGAGUAAUUGGACGGUGGAGGAUGUUCACGAUGUUGUGGCAUCGUUAUCCAUUGAUUUUCUUUCGGCCGUUAGAAGAGUUUGUGUUGCUGAGAAUAGCAGCGGCAAUGUGUUUGAUGGAAAACCAAGAAAAGACGAGAAGUUGAUUGAAUGUCCAGAACUGAGGACAUGCAAUUGCAGCAAUUCCGGAAAUGGGAUUUUUGUGCCAAUGGAAUGUAGUUGUCAUUCGGUCAUCCGUAUUAUGAAAGCGGAUACUUUCCGAGAUAAUCAAUCCAUACGUGAAAUGAAUUUUAUUUUCAGAGAUGGUGUGCUGUUUAAUAUGGAUCCUGACAAGGAUGCUUCUUUUCACUGUAAAUUUGAGACAGUAUGCCUCUGUUCUCUUAUGGAAUCAAUACUAAUGAUCAAGCAGUCUUCCGAUUGAUUUGAUUAUGUCACAGCUUGGAUUACUUAGCAAAGGAGAUGCUUGGUGCGGCGGAAUUAGUUUCUAAAUUUACUAGAGAUAUCAAAAUUUUGUUGGACUCGGUGAGUCUUUAUACAGAUUCCCUUUUGUUCCAUGAUGAGAAAAACUGAAAGGGCUUUCUUUUUCUGCAAUUUACUUCAUAUAAGUUUUGACUCUCCUUUGACUGGAGCUAAUCUAUACCAUGUAAGUAUUAUUUUGAUGUUAGUCGUUCGUUAUUCUUUCAUAACUAUAUAAUUCAUACUUCAUGUGUA